UGUGCUCACAAAGGGGUCUGCAGGGGCGUUCUCAGACUAACGCAAAAAUCUACACUGUUGCUAUGGAAGGUCUCAGAAAACCCACGAAGGACCAUGUCAUCCACGGGUCUUUGUUGAUGCUUGGCGAGAUGUUCCAACACACCGGUACAUUCAUGGAACCUCCAAG